ACCGGCGAAUAGAGAGAAGGCGGGCUCAAGUAAGAAAAUUAUAAGGUCAUUGGAAUUAUCAGCCCUACAAGCCAUCGUUACAAUGAAGCGAUAACAGAUAAUAAUGAAAAAUGAAAUAAACGGGGGCAAAGUCUACCAAAGAAGCUGCGGUAGGUAAAAGGCAGGCGUGCGGCCGUUACACACCGGCGCGUGCGUCUCAGCGCAGGUAAACGCGGUGGAGGUUUCGCUUAAGCCGAUCAAGGUGGGAUCGUACGGAACAGGUUCCCAUUCUGCCAUUAUACACACGUUAUUGUGACCACGGAGACCGAUAUUAAGGAUGUUGCGGCUGGCGUGCUCCACGGCUCUUCUCUUCCUUCUCCGGCUGUUCGCCGGCCUGUCCUGGUUCCAGGUCCUACCAUCCAUUCUCAUUUUCUACCUGGGUUCUGGAGGAUGGAAGUCCAUCCAUGUGUUUUCAAAGACCAUAUAUCGCGAUUUGCAUGCAGCCAGUGUGUUGCUGAGGGUAAAGCUGAAUGUCAAAAAGCACCUACGUGAGCGCAACACCAUUCCCAAACUUUUUGCGAAGUCCCUCAAGAAAUACGGUGACAAGACGGCUCUGAUUUUCGAAGGAACGGGCGAGAAAUGGAGCUUCAAGGAGCUUGACGAUUACUCCAACCGCGUGGCUAACUUUCUUCUGCAGAGGGGCUUCAAGGAAGGCGAUGUGGUGGCUCUGUUCAUGGAGAACCGCUCUCAGUACGUGGGGCUCUGGCUGGGCAUGGCGAAGAUCGGAGUGGAGGCAGCGCUCAUCAACUUCAACCUGAGACUGGAGGCCCUGGUUCACUGCGUCAACAUCUCCAGCGCCAAAGCCGUGGUGUUCGGCAGUGAGCUAACAGAUGCGCUGUGUGAGGUGCACAGCUCCAUGGGAAAGACUGUUAAGCUGUUCUGCUCUGGAGAAUGGGACCCUAAGAGCGUUCCUGAAGGGACGGAGCAUCUAGAGCCGCUGCUGGAGGCGACACCUACAAACCAACCCAGACAACCAGAUCGCAGCUUCACAGAUCGCCUUUUUUACAUUUACACGUCGGGAACCACUGGGAUGCCAAAAGCUGCUAUCGUUGUACAUAGCCGGUAUUACCGCAUGGCUGCCUUGGUGUACUAUGGUUUCAGAAUGAAGUCUGAGGAUGUGCUUUAUGACUGCUUACCACUUUACCACUCAGCAGGAAACAUAGUGGGAGUCGGCCAGUGCCUGAUCCAUGGAAUGACUGUGGUGAUCAGGAAGAAGUUCAGUGCAUCAAAGUUCUGGGAUGACUGUAUCAAAUACAACUGCACGAUCGUGCAGUACAUUGGCGAGAUCUGCCGCUAUUUGCUGAACCAGCCAAAGAAGGACAUGGAGCACCAACACAUGGUCCGCAUGGCCCUCGGAAACGGCCUUCGCCAGUCCAUCUGGGAGGAGUUCACCAACCGCUUCAACAUACCACAGAUCGCUGAGUUCUACGGCGCCACCGAGUGCAACUGUAGCCUGGGCAACUUCGACAACCAGACGGGGGCCUGUGGUUUCAAUAGCCGGAUCCUUCCCUACGUCUACCCCAUCCGCUUAGUCAAAGUGGACGAGGAGACCAUGGAGCUUAUCAGAGGACCCGAUGGAGUCUGUAUCCCAUGUGGUCCAGGAGAACCUGGUCAGUUGGUUGGCCGAAUCAUUCAGAACGAUCCCCUCAGACGAUUCGACGGCUACGUCAAUCAGUCAGCCACUAAUAAGAAGGUUGCCCACGAUGUCUUCAAAAAGGGAGACAGUGCAUAUCUGUCAGGGGACGUGCUGGAGAUGGACGACUAUGGCUACAUGUAUUUCAAAGACCGCACAGGAGACACGUACCGCUGGAAAGGAGAGAACGUGUCCACCACCGAGGUGGAGGGAACUCUGAGCCGUCUGCUGGACAUGAAAGAUGUGGUGGUGUAUGGAGUGGAGGUGCCAGGAGCUGAAGGCAAGGCAGGGAUGGCGGCCAUAGCAGACCCGGACCACAGCUCAGACCUGGCGAAGUUUAGCAGGGACCUGGAGAAAGCCCUGCCGCCCUAUGCCCGGCCCGUGUUUCUGCGCUUCCUGCCAGAAGUGAACAAGACAGGGACUUUCAAAUUCCAGAAGACAGACAUGCGACGGGAGGGAUUCGACCCCAGUGUCGUCUCCGACAAACUCUACUUCCUGGACUGCACUAAGGGACAAUAUGUGGAGCUGAACGUAGAGCUCCAUCGCAGCAUCGUCUCAGGAAAGCAGAAAUUAUGAGACUACUGCCAACCUCCACGCAUUCCCUCACCACCCCGCCUUCAACAGCCCUCAAACCCCACCCCCCUCAUCACCCCGCCCCUCGUUACCUCAACAAACACAGUGAGGGGCCGCAGGAACGCAUUCUGGACACUUAUUCAAGGCCCAUCUUCAUUCUCAUAGCCCACCUCUUACGACUGAGAUGGGACUGAGGUAAUGGUGUUCAGCCAUCUUGAAAACAAAACAAAAAAUUAAGCAAUUUAGCAAACAAAAAUACAAAAAACUAACAGCAAGGAAAGGCACAAGGACCAACUACACGUCUGUCAAAUGGUAAAUCUUUCCCUUUGCCUCAGCUGCACAAUGCUCGCCUGGCUACAGGAUUCGGGACGUUCAUUUUGACGGAUCUGACAAGCGACUGCCAUCGUAAACGCGCCACCAAACCAUGCGGAUCGACGUGCAAUACAAACCCAGCACUGGCUGCGCACUUCUCAGCUGCCAUGACUUGAUCAAUGCUGUUUAUUUAAAUGUGCACCAAAUAUAUUUAAGUUGUAGAAUAGCUCAUCAUCUAUUUUCAAGUUCUGAAUCUUUAUGCUGCAUUGAAGACAUCCAUGAUCGCACUGCUACUGUGUCUAUUUUACCUCUCCAGACGUUAAUGUGCGGAGUCAA